AUGGAUCCUGUUGACCCAAAUUGUUCAGCCAAAAAGGCAAGAGCAAGAAGAUCGUUGCUAUUGAGAGACUUGCGUUCCAAGCGACAAAAAUAUAGUAGUCCACAAGUACUAGGGGGCGAUAGAAUGAUGAACACUCCAAUGUCAAUUACACCUAGGCAACCUUUGAAAGAAUUUACUCCAUCAUUCCAAAACAGUCAACCCGGAAUUCCGUUUAGUAUACGGCCUACGAUGGAAACUCCACGUGAUGCCGGUACAGAACCUAGCAUAUCAAGACAUGCUUUUAGGACAAAUUUAACAACCUACCAAAUAGGUGGUUUGGGAACAAAUCUAUUCUCUCAAUUUGCAGGAAUAUCUGCGGACAAGGAGAACGAAUCGUUCACUCCUUCAUCAUUGGUAAAUUUAAAAGAACGGUCACCGUCUCAUGAAAUGGAAGUCCUUGGAACUGGAAGUUCUUCUAAUUUGCACACGGGCCCACCAAGUUCCAGACCAGGUCGGGGUAGGCCUAAAAAGGGCUUUGGGGUUCCAAAUAUUGCUAGGAACUUGACCAGGAAGUUUCCGUUGCUUGCAAGUAUAAACACUUCUGCGCCGGCCUCUACUCUCGAGGCAAAUGAACAAACCAGAAUUCCAGCUCUGGAAACACUUAAUGGGACAGAUGCCAAUGUUAAUUUUGUUCUUCCAACUCAGCCAGUCCAGCUUCCAUCUGAUCUAAACAAAGCAUCGUCUUCCGGAAGUGAACCACGAAGUACUCCCAUACCCAAACGAUCUAGGGGCAGGCCUAGAAAACAAUUGGCUGAUAAUCCAUGCCCGCCGUCGAAUUUGAAUAGCCAGUUCACCUUCCAAAGCAUUGCUAUGAACUCCUCCAAACCAAAUGACCAACCUAGAUCGAGCUGUAAUGUCAACACACCAUUGGUCACGCCUCUGCAAAUACCCAGUGUUAGAAACCAGCCUGUUUGUCGCGAAGUACCGCCAGUAACACAGUCCACACACAAUCACCGUCGUACCACGGAGCCAACAUGUCCGAUUUUUACACCUGCGGUCAAUAUGGAUUUUAAUAGCGACUCCGACAAUGAUAGCGACUACGAUCCUUUUGCAGCAUAUCAUUCCGAAGAUGAAAUCUGUUCAGAUACAGACGAGCAUGAAGCACCUUUGCCUAUCCAUGGUUAUGCAACCGGAAUUGACUCGGAAUAUUACGAUAUUGGUUCACCUCUUAUCGAAUGUCGUUACUGUAAAGCAAUGAUGUGGUAUCAGGAGAGGAUGCACAAAAGUACCCACUCUGCUAACCCGAAGUUUAUGAUGUGCUGUGGGAACGGAAAAGUUGAACUCCCAAUGCUAAGGCAGCCUCCUGAACCACUUGCAACACUUUUGUCUGAUCACGAAAGUAUUGUUAGUCGGAAGUUUCAAGAACAAAUCCGACUAUACAAUAUGAUGUUUGCAUUCACAUCACCGGGAGCAAGGUUGGACAAUCGUUUUAACAACGGACGUGGCCCUCCAAUACUAAGGAUACAAGGUCAAACGUGUCAUCGCAUCGGAAGUAUGUUGCCUCCUCAAGGUCAAAAACCAAAGUUUGCCCAGUUAUAUAUUUAUGACACCGAAAAUGAGGUGGAAAACAGAAUGCAUCAUCUAAGGAACAAAGAGAACAUUGAUCCUCAAGUUGUCAAUCAACUGUCCAACAUGUUGUAUGAAUUCAAUCCUCAUGCUAAGAUCUUUCAAAUGGCAAGACACUGGUUGAAUAGCGGGGAACCUCAAAACCUAAAACUGCGACUUAUUUCUAAUCGGUCUACUGAUGGUAGAGUGUAUAACCAGCCAACUGUCAGUGAAGUUGCAGCCUUGGUUGUUGGAGAUAUUGACACGGCAGAAAUGAGGGAUAUAAUAAUGCAAACUAGAGGAGGAGGACUUCAAAGAAUCAAUGAACUGCAUGCCGCUUACAUGGCCUACCAAUAUCCGUUGAUUUUUCCGUAUGGUGAGGAUGGCUAUAGACCUGAUGUAGCCCAUAGGGACCUGCCUGUCAACGAAAACAGCAUUAGAAAUAGGCUCACGAUUCGCGAAUGGCUGGCCUUUCGCAUUCAAACCAGAUCAAAAGAAGCUAAGACUUUGUUAUCUUCUAGACGGCUGUUCCAGCAAUUUUUGGUCGAUGGUUACACUAUGUUAGAGUCCGAGAAACUAGAAUGGCUACGCAAAAAUCAACCAAAGCUUCGAGUGUCCAAGUACAACUCUUUACAUGAAGAGGGCGACCAAAGUCAAGCUCCAGGUUUAAGCAUAGGUAAGCGAGUGGUGUUGCCUUCGUCCUUUGUUGGCGGUCGUAGGUUUAUGGAUCAAUUGUACUAUGAUGGAAUGGCUAUAUGCAGUAAAGUUGGAUUUCCAGAUCUGUUUAUUACUUUUACCUGUAACCCGAAUUGGCCGGAGAUUCAAAGGGUACUUGGUCCUCUUCAUUUGAAGCCCCAAGAUCGGCCGGAUAUCAUUUCUAGAAUUUUCAAAAUCAAGUUUGAUCAAUUGCUCUCAGAUUUGACCAAAAAAGGUGUUCUUGGCAAAGUCCUAGCUUCAAAAUUAACUUUUACAUUCUCUAUCAUUGUAGAUGUGUACACCAUUGAAUUUCAGAAAAGAGGAUUGCCUCAUGCCCAUAUAUUGAUCUUCUUGCACCCAUCAAAUAAAUAUCCAAGACCGGAAGACAUUGACAAGAUCAUUAGUGCUGAAGUGCCCGAUCCCGAAACACAACCUCGGCUUUACAAUUUGGUGAAAUCUCACAUGGUUCAUGGUCCUUGUGGUUUGGCAAAUCUCAACUCACCCUGUAUGAAAGAUGGGAGGUGCACAAAGUUUUACCCUAAGAAAUUCCAAAGUACAACUAUAGUGGACCAAGAAGGCUACCCGGUUUAUAGGAGAAGAAACAACGGACACACCAUUCAAAAGAAAGACAUCAUUUUUCAUAGUGGUCAUGUGGUUCCUCACAAUCCAAGUUUGUUGUUGAAGUAUGAAGCCCACAUCAACAUGGAAUGGUGCAAUCAAAAUACUUCUAUCAAAUACCUUUUCAAAUAUAUUAACAAAGGGUCCGAUAGAAUUUCGGCAAUCAUACAAGGCCAAGACAAAAACAAUGUUGACGAGAUCAAACAAUAUUUGGAUUGUCGAUACAUAUCCCCAAGUGAAGCAUGUUGGCGUAUAUUUUCUUAUUCUAUACAUGGCAGAAAACCAGCCGUAGAAAGAUUGUUUUUUCACAUGGAAGGUGAAAACUCCGUGUACUACAAAGACUACGAGCAGGUUGGUGAUGUGUUGCUUAAACCAAGUGUAACAGAGUCCAUGUUUACAGCCUGGUUUGAGGCAAACAAAACUUACGAGGAAGCAAGAUUACUAACUUAUGGUGACUUUGUUUCUAAAUUUGUUUAUCACAAACGAAGUCGAAGUUGGAAACCAAGGAAGCGAGGGUAUACCAUUGGUCGAUUGAUUUGGGUUCCGCAAUCCACUGGCGAGUUGUUUUAUUUAAGGAUGAUGCUUACCGUCACAAAAGGGCCGUUAUGCUAUCAAGACAUAAAAACGGUUGAUGGUAAAAAGUGCAAAACUUUUAGAGAUGCGUGCUUUGCGAUGGGAUUUUUACAAGAUGAUCGUGAAUUUGUCGAGGCAAUCAAAGAGGCGCAUCUUUGGGGGUCGGGUCCUUUUUUACGCAGACUAUUUGUGACAAUGUUACUUUCGGCAUCCAUGAAUAGACCUGAACAUGUUUGGAGAAAGACUUGGAGAUAUUUAUCGGAUGGUAUUCUUUAUGAUCAACGGUUAUUGGCAAGAAACCAAGGUUUGACAAUGAGCGAUGCCGAGCUAAAGGAACGGACACUGAUGGCUAUUGAAAUACUAUUGCAAAAUAAUAAUCGUAGUUUGAAGGACUUCAAACCAAUGCCAGUUCCAAAAGAGGAUGUCGUUUUCUUUACCGGAAACAGAUUACUUUAUGAUGAACGUCAAUAUGAUGUUGUUGAACAACAACAAAUUUUUGAACAUUUGUCAGCUUCUCUUACAGAUGAACAAAGAGGAAUUUUUGAGGAAAUCAUGGAUGCCGUAGAGAAGCAACAAGGUGGUGUUUUUUUUCUGUAUGGCUACGGUGGGACUGGUAAGACCUUUAUGUGGAAAACUUUAUCAGCAGCACUUAGGUCUAAGAAAAAAAUUGUCUUGCCUGUUGCUUCAAGUGGGAUUGCAAGUUUGUUGUUACCAGGUGGAAGAACAGCUCAUUCUAGAUUUAAGAUUCCAGUUCCUACUCUAGAAAAUUCUAUUUGCAACAUUGAAAAACAAGAUGAUCUUGCUGGGCUUCUAAAGAUGACAGAUUUAAUUAUAUGGGAUGAGGCUCCUAUGGCUAAUAAAUUUUGCUUUGAAUCUCUAGACAAAUCCUUGAGAGAUAUUAUGAGUGAAAUCCCACAUGCAUCUAGGAAAGUUUUUGGUGGUAAGGUUGUUGUGUUUGGUGGUGACUUCAGACAAAUUCUACCAGUUAUACCAAGAGGAACUAGAUCAGACAUAACCCAUGCAACCAUAAAUGCUUUAUAUUUGGGAUCAUUGUAAGGUGUUGAGGCUUACAAAGAACAUGUUGGAGAUGGGACCAUGUGUGAGCCAAAUGAUGGUUAUGCUGAUAUUUGUAUUCCAGAUGAGUUCUUAAUUUCAAACUUUUCUGAUCCCAUCAAGGAAAUUGUUGAAGAUACAUACCCUGAUCUCAUUCAUAAUUAUCUUGAUUCCAAUUAUCUUCAAAGUCGUGCAAUCUUGGCUUCAACAAUUGAGGUUGUUGAUGAUAUCAACCAAUAUAUCACAAAUCUGCUUCCAGGAGAAGAGAAAGAAUACUUCAGUAGUGAUUCUAUUGAUAAAUCUGAUGCAACUAGCUUUGAUGCAUAUGAGCAUGUGACACCUGAAUUCCUAAAUGCUCUCAAAACUUCGGGAUUGCCUAACCAUUCCAUCAAGUUGAAAGUUGGUGCCACUAUUAUGUUAAUGCGCAAUCUAGAUCAGUCGGAAGGGUUGUGCAAUGGUACAAGGCUAACUGUAACCAGGCUUGCUAAUCAUGUCAUUGAAGCUAAGAUCAUUUCUGGAAAAAAUAUUGGUAACUUAUUUUAUAUUCCUAGAAUGUCUCUAUCCCCCUCACAAUCCCCAUGGCCGUUUAAAUUGGUAAGACGCCAGUUUCCAAUUAUUGUUUCAUUUGCCAUGACUAUUAACAAAUCCCAAGGGCAAUCACUUGAUAAUGUUGGUCUGUAUUUGCCUAAAGAAGUUUUUAGUCAUGGUCAAUUAUAUGUGGCUAUCUCAAGAGUCAAAGCGAAAAAGGGUUUAAGGAUUCUUAUUCAUGACAAAGAUAAACAACCUAUGAGCUCUACCACCAAUGUUGUCCAAAGAUUCACAUCAAUUUUGAAUUUCAGGCUGCAGCCAAUGUCGUAUUCAAACAUAAGUUCCAUUACAUUUGAAAGGUCCAACCAAUCACCUCAUCAAAGAGUUUAA